AUUCGGCACUCGGCAAAAACACAAUCACGUUUCAGACGACAACAACAACAGGAAAGGAAAAAACACACAGAGAAGCUGAGGUGUUCCUGUAAACACCAGUCACCGGAGGCUGAGCGGUUUCACAGAGAGGGAAGCAGAUGUCUGGUUUCAGUAGAAAAUGGAGCGUCCCUCCCCGUGAGCCUUUGCCAGAUCCCCCCCCUCCCCUGCGCCCCUGUCUCGACACAUACCACUCCAGAGCUCCUAAUAUAGCCCCGACUGCUUUGUGGGAAAGGGUAACAAACGAGUCGCCGACAGCUCUGCUUGCUCCGAAAACUCCUUUUUCAUGGACACGGCGGAAUCAUGGAGCCUCCUCCACAGGUGUCAUUUUCAGAAAAGAAGCAGGAAGCACAGAAACAAGAAAGUGUUGCAAUUCCUCCUAGAGGCUGACGCCGCAGUCUACAUGAACUUCAUGAAAAGCCACCGCUGCUAUGACGCCAUUCCAACCAGCUGCAAACUGGUCAUAUUUGACACCACGCUACAAGUGAAAAAGGCCUUUUAUGCGCUGGUGGCAAAUGGCUUGAGGGCUGCGCCUCUGUGGGACAGCAAGUUACAAAGAUUUGUGGGCAUGCUGACUAUUACAGAUUUCAUCAACAUCCUCCAUUGCUACUACAAGUCCCCCUUGGUUCAAAUGUACGAGCUGGAGAGCCACAAGAUUGAAACGUGGAGAGGUGAUUCACUUAAAAAUGUCUACUUACAGUAUUCCAAUCGCUCGCUCAUCAGUAUUUCCCCAGAGGGCAGCCUCUUCGAUGCCAUCUAUUCCCUGCUCAGAUAUAAAAUCCACCGGCUGCCUGUCAUCGACCCGGAGUCUGGAAACGUCCUUCACAUUCUGACCCACAAAAGGAUCCUAAAGUUCCUCCAUAUAUUCGGGAAAAGGGUGCGUAAGCCGGCUUUCGUGCAGAAACAGAUCCAGGAGCUGGGGAUAGGGACGUUCAGGAACAUCGCCACUGUACAGCAGACAGCAUCGCUUUAUGAUGCCCUCUCCAUAUUUGUAGAGAGGCGGGUGUCUGCGCUGCCAGUAACUGAUGAAAAAGGCAAAGUGGUGGCACUCUACUCAAGAUUUGAUGUCAUCAACCUUGCAGCCCAGAAGUCGUACAACAACCUGGACAUAACGAUGAAGGAGGCCGUUCGCAGGCGCACGUGUUACGUCGAGGGAGUGAUCAAGUGCUACCCAGAUGAAACCCUGGAAACUAUUAUAGACCGUAUAGUGAAAGCUGAGGUCCAUCGGCUGGUCCUGGUGGACAGGGCGGACGUGGUGAAGGGCAUCAUCUCUCUGUCAGACCUGCUGCAGGCCAUGGUCUUAACGCCGGCCGGCAUCGACGCCCUCUUGUCCUAGCACCAGGAGACAAGGGGGUCAUCUCUAUUUCUUUGGGUGCAGGCAUGAGUCCUGGGAGUAUACCCCGACAGAGACUGGCUGAAGUGAGAAGAGGAAGUAACCCUCGCCGUGCUGCUGUUUACAUGAAGUAAACAUUAACGGACAAUGAGCUGACCUCAAUUCCACAAUGUACUGUAUACUAUAAGGCCACAUUGGUUGCAUUUGAUCAAAUUGAUCAACAUAUGUCGAAAUAUUUCUGUAUUAAAUUUGUAUCAAAGCUUG